AUGGCUACAAAUUCUUACGAGCCCGUUAUUGGAGAGGAAUUAAAUUACAAAGGAGUUUUGCUUCCUCCUCCAUUCAAGGAUGCCAAGAUUAAUUCAGAAGAUAAUUUGAUUGAACAAGACAUUAAUAUUGAUCCUAAAAAGUUACAUCCGCUCACUCCUGAAGUCAUUUCUCGUCAAGCCACCAUCAAUAUUGGUACCAUUGGACACGUGGCCCACGGUAAAUCAACAGUGGUGCGAGCCAUCUCCGGCGUCAAGACCAUUCGUUUCAAGAAUGAAAUGGUCCGUAACAUUACCAUCAAGCUCGGUUAUGCCAAUGCAAAGAUUUACUUGUGCAAGGAUCCUAAAUGUCCAAGACCAGAAUGCUAUACAUCACAAGGGUCUUCGCACGUGGAUCGUUUCCCAUGUGAAAUUGAAGGCUUCAGUGGUGAAUAUGAAUUGGUACGACACGUUUCUUUUGUUGACUGUCCUGGACACGAUAUUCUCAUGGCUACCAUGUUGAACGGUGCCGCAGUCAUGGAUGCCGCUUUGCUUUUGAUUGCUGGUAAUGAACCAUGUCCUCAACCACAAACAUCCGAACAUUUAGCUGCUGUAGAAAUUAUGAAAUUGAAACAUAUCAUUAUUUUACAAAAUAAGAUUGACUUGGUCAAGGAAUCUGAUGCAUUGAAUCAAUACGAUGAAAUUAAGCGUUUCGUGAAAGGAACAGUUGCCGACAGCUCUCCAAUCAUUCCAAUUUCUGCUCAAUUGAAAUACAACAUUGAUGUUGUAUGUGAACAUAUUGUGAAGCAGAUUCCAAUCCCAGUUCGUGAUUUCACAAGCUCACCAAGACUUAUUGUCAUUCGUAGUUUCGACGUUAACAAGCCAGGUGAAGCUGUUGAAAAUCUUAAAGGAGGUGUGGCUGGUGGUUCAAUUCUUCAAGGAGUCUUAAAGGUUGGAGAUGAAAUUGAAGUUCGUCCAGGUAUUGUCACAAAAGAAAAGGAUGGUACCAUCAAGUGUAGACCUAUCAAGAGCAAAAUUGUGAGUUUAUUCGCUGAAGAAAACUCGUUACAAUAUGCUGUACCAGGAGGUUUGAUUGGUGUUGGUACAAAGAUUGAUCCAACUCUUACUCGUGCCGAUCGUUUGGUUGGUCAAGUUUUGGGUGAAGUUGGUAAACUACCAGAGGUUUAUACCGAAUUGGAAAUUUCAUACUUCUUGUUGAGAAGACUUUUGGGUGUUAAGACUGACUCUGAAAAGAAGGGUAAAAUUCAAAAGUUGCAAAAGAACGAAGUUCUCAUGAUCAACAUUGGUUCAACAUCGACUGGUGGUAAAAUUGUGGCUGUUAAGGCAGACUUGACCAAGAUUGUCCUCACACAACCAGUUUGUACACAAGUAGGUGAAAAGUUGGCCCUCUCAAGAAGAGUUGAUAACCAUUGGAGAUUGAUUGGUUGGGGAAGUAUUGUCAGAUUGAGCAGUGAGCAAACAAAACAUGGAUUGGGUCUCGACAUGAGCGGCGCUUCAAUAGUCCCAGAAAGUGGCUUGAGAGGUGAUCAACAAUACGACGUCACAGCUGAAGCUGGCACCACCGAUAACACUGAAGACGAUCAAGGAGAUGACAAUGCUGGCGAUGAGGAUCAAGAAUAA